UUUUCAUUUACAAUUUGAUUUGUACACAGCUGAUGGUAUUUUUUUGAAUGAAAAUAAUUUUCAUUCAACAGUUUUUAUCUAUUUAUUCUCGAUCUAUAUUCAUCUUCUCCAGCUAAAAACCAGACUUGAAAAAAUUGUGUGAAUUUCAACCAAAAAAUGCCCGAAGCAACAAUGAAUAAUGAUGAAAUCAAUUCUUUAGCUAAAAAUGUAAUCGAAACAGUUAUAUCGAAUGAACCAUAUAAACAUUCGGAUGUAGCUAAUUGGAAUGAUUCAAUUUGUGAACAAAUUGUUCAACGUUUAAUACAAUUAAAUGGUAAUCAUUUUAAAUAUAUUGUAUCAUGUUCAAUUGUACAAAAAAAUGGUGCCGGUAUUUCAGCAACAUCACGUUGUUAUUGGAAUCAAUCAAAUGAUCAAUAUUUGAAUAUACGUUGGGAAAAUAAACAUCUUCAUUGUAUUGUACAUCUUUUUAUUGUUUCAUUGUGAUUAUCAUUUUUUUUUCUUGUUUGUUUUGUUUGCAUGCACAAUCAUUUUCAAAUUCUGGAUUACUAAGAACUUCCUGUUUUUCUCUGGUCAAUUAAAUUUCCCAAAAAAAAAAAUUCCAUUUUUUGUAUUU